UCACAAUGCCAGGUUCUGGUCUCAGCCACCCUCCACUGUCCAGGGCCCCUCUGUCUUGGCCCUGGGACCCUAGCUGCCUGCCAGCUCCAGUCCUAGCACCAUGUUGGAGAAAAGCAUGGAGGCAGUGGCUGAGUUGGGCACCAAGGACCUGAAGGAGAAGGUGGAGGAGGAGGCAAGCCAGAAAGAGCGAAAGAAAGAAGUGGUGGAGGAGGAGGAGAACGGGCCCGAAGAGGAAGAAGGAGAUGAUGAAGGGCCCGAGCUGAAGAGAGCUGCCGAAGAGGAGGAUGAACCGGAUCCCUAGCAGUAGAAGACAGAAUGGGGCAUCGGCAUGACCGUCUGCCAACAGGCUGGGGAUGGGAGGCCUCUCUCGGUGUGGAGGUUGGG